CACCCAAGAAACGCCUUCUACCCCACUCCAUUACUCGUUUCAGUAUUUUAGUUCGCAGAUGUGCUCGCACGUCUUCUCUUUGUAGAUUAAUAGGCCAAAGAACUCAUCCGUGCGUCACUCGUGGGACCUAACUUCUCUCUCUCUCUCUCUCAAGCCGGCGUUUUACCACCUCCUUCCCCCACCUCCGCUCUCUCUUAUCUCUCUCAGCUCGUAUCUCUUACCUCGUUACUCUCUUGGUUUCGGUUCUUCCCUGCUGGGAGGAACGACCGGCGAUCGUGAAAUUAAGGGCUCGGACUUAAACCACCGUCAUGGACGGCUGUUCCAACGGCACCGAUCCCAAAGAUCGUGGCAUCGCCACCACCGACCUCAAGACCUCCACCCGCCUCUCCUCUCCUUCCUCGAAGAAGCGAAGCCGGCGGUCGGUUCAGAAACGAGUGGUGUCCGUACCCAGCGGCGACGGCGCUGUUCCGCCUUCCGAUUCCUGGGCCUGGAGGAAGUACGGCCAGAAGCCGAUCAAGGGCUCCCCCUACCCCAGGGGCUACUACAAGUGCAGUAGCUUCAAGGGGUGUCCGGCGAGAAAGCAAGUGGAGAGGAGUCGCUUGGACCCCGCCAUGGUGGUGGUAGCAUACGCCGGGGAGCACAACCACGCCUGUCCUCCCCCAAGAAACCGCCACCACCAGCACCACAGAAGUUCCAAGCCUCGGUCGGUCGAGAUCCCGACCUCGGGCCAGGAACCGGCAGCGCCCGACUCCGUCCAGACAGGCCCCGCCGAUCCCGACGAGAAGUUCUCCGAUUUGAUCGCUGACGAGUCGUCGUCCCUCAUAACGCUCGACGGCCGCUACUUUCUCCCCGACGCCGGAUCUACUUCCUCCACCUCUCCUCCAGAUGCCGAUGACGCCCUGCUCUACGGAUCCGUAUGUGUCGCCGGAGGCGCCGCCGCCGCCGCGGGUGUCGCGAUGAUGUUCGCGGACGAGUGCGAGAGGUUGUCGCGGGACUCCGGCGGCAACGACGGAGGCGAGGACGAGUCGCUAUUCGCGGACCUGGGGGAGCUGCCGGAGUGCUCGGCGGUGUUCCGGCGAGGUUUCGUGGAGAGGCAUAUGGGAGGGGAGGAGAGCCAGCGGUUCACGUUGACGACGGUAGCCUGCUGCAGGAGCAGCGGAUGACAUGAUGGCAUCAUCGCUGCGUUGCCUUACUGGACUUGCGAUUGGACAGAUAGAGCAUUAGAAAUUUUCUUGAUAUUUUACUCGUCGUAGGUGUACGGAGGUUAGCGAUUACCUUUUCUUUUCUUUAUUUUCUGAAAAAUUUCUAUCAGCUAAGGCUUUUUUGUUCUUUCGUUU